AUGCCUCGCCCCACACGCCGUCCGUCACCAAUUAGCCUCCCCCACUGCCCAAUGGACACACUAUGGGAGGUAGACGAGUCACUCGAUGUACCUUGCCAACAGCUGCGGUCUGUGUUUGAAGACGACGACGAGCCAGUGCGAAAUGUGACAUUUCCGCUGCCUCCGCGGUCUAUUCCCCAGAUGAAGCGCUUCUUCUCUCCGAGGUUGGGCCUGCCUAUGCAUUCAGCGCCUCGCACCCGACCACCUUCCCGAUCUCCUCCCAAGCCUAUCCGCGCUCCCCCUCCGGCCCCAAGGCCCGUAUCUCCCGUCAUACUCAUCACCCGACCAGUCUCUCCCUCCUCCAGUGCAUCCAGCAGCGACACGGAGCCUCCCAGGACACCCCCUGCCGCAUCAGCCCCCCUCCCUGCUUAUGUACUCGCCCCGCCCCCACCAGCCGAGUGGGAGUCAGCCAUCGACGCCCUAUUUGAAUUCGACGACGAGGAAGAGGAGGUUGUUUGCCCAAACGAGCUACCCCUACCAUCAUCCUCCCUACCGACUCGUAUCUCUCCUUUUCCCCUCCCAGCUCUCCUCCCCCCAUCAACUUUACCCACUCGCCCAGCUCUCCACUGCCCCCAUCUAUGUCUGUCUAUGCGUCUGAUUCCUUGCCCAUGA